AUGAAUUUCCUUGACACUUAUGGACUGACUGGGAUGGGUGCGAACACGCCGCCCGUGGAUGCUCACCCAGAACAGAGCCUCAACGAAGAAGUUUCUCAGGUCAUCGGCCAGCUCGGAAAGUUCUGGGGAGGGUUCAGGAAGCAGAGCGAAACUGCGUUCGCGACUGCGCGCAGGGAUUUCGGCGAGGUAGUCACACAAGCGCAGAAAGAGCUUGGCAAACUCGCUAUAUCAACCGAAACCCCUGCCGAUGCCCACGCUGAUGAUGAGGCCGAGGACAGGGAAAGCGAGAGCGAGUGCACUACAGCUCCUGAGACGCCUACCGCAGAAUCGCACAGCGCAGGAGGCUCACUUUCGACUUCACAAUCACUCUUUGCGCGCCUCCAAUCUUCGCUUCCCCCUAAUAUUGUCUCGACUGUCCAAGCUCAGCUUCCUGAAAGUCUUAAACACCCACAGAACAUCGAUCUGUCGCAGCUGCGGACGACGCUAACUACCGAAUUUCAGCGCGUCCAGGGGGUGACGCGUGCUCAGGCGGAGGAAUAUGUUCACAAGAGCGAACAGCUGCUGCGGGAAGCUAUGAAGGAAGCUAGUGAAGCCCUGCGAGACGCGGUGAAGGUAAUUCCACCAGAGGAGAGCGGAGGAUAUUCAAAUCAAGGUUUGGUUUGGGAUGGAAGUGACGUAUGGAUGCUACCUAUGGAAGGAGGGGAUUUGAAAGGGAAAGGCAAGGAGACGGAUUCGGGCGCUUCGUCAGGGCAGCAGAGUGAAGAUGCUCGUCAGGCUGUUGCGACGCGCGCGCAAGUGCUGUUGAAGCAGCUGAAGAGUAAUCCCGAGAUUAUCAAGCUUGAUCCCGAGGCUGAUGCGGCGAGCGAGACGUUCCAUGCUUGGGUAUCUGAGGCGCAGAGCAAGGAUGAACACCCUGGUACUAAAUUCUGGUCAGAACGCAUUGCAAGGACGCUAUCUCAUCCAGAUGAUGGCCAAACGCUGCAGGAGACGUUCGAUGCACUAGUACCUUCCAUUCUUUCUGACGACGAAUUCUGGACACGAUACUUCUUCCGCGUGUAUCAGAUCGAACAAGAAGAAAUGAGACGCAAGGCUCUUAUCCACGGAGCAAACCAGACCGAAGAAGAUUUCAGCUGGGAAGAUGACGAGGAGGAAUCCGUCGCCCCUGAAUCUAAAUCCUUCGGAGCGCUCGAGUCGUCAACGAUAUCACAACGUACGCUGGCACCGAAAGCGGCAGACACGAGCGACGUCCAAUCGCUCCCAAAUUCUUCGCAAUUCAAUACUCCUAUGACUAUGAGUCCUAGGGACAGUGAGGACAGUUAUGAUGUUAUUUCUGGUAACGCCAGUGCUGCAGGAGAUGCACAGGAACAUGUACAGAAGAAUGAAGAGGAGGAAGAGGAGAGUGACUGGGAGUGA